AUGAUGGUGCACUGUGCCGGUUGCGAGCGGCCCAUCCUCGACCGCUUUCUGCUGAACGUGUUGGACCGCGCGUGGCACAUCAAAUGCGUUCAGUGCUGCGAGUGUAAGACCAACCUCUCGGAGAAGUGCUUCUCGCGCGAGGGCAAGCUCUACUGCAAAAAUGACUUCUUCAGGCGCUUUGGUACUAAGUGUGCGGGCUGUGCGCAAGGCAUCUCGCCCAGCGACCUGGUGCGCAAGGCCCGCAGCAAAGUCUUCCACCUCAACUGCUUCACCUGCAUGGUCUGCAACAAGCAGCUGUCCACAGGCGAGGAGCUCUACGUCAUCGACGAGAACAAGUUCGUGUGCAAGGACGACUACCUGAGCUCACCCAGCCUCAAAGAGGGCAGUCUCAACUCAGUGUCAUCCUGUACGGACCGCAGUUUGUCCCCGGACCUCCAGGACCCACUCCAGGAUGACCCCAAGGAAACGGACAACUCGACGUCGUCGGACAAGGAGACAGCCAACAACGAGAACGAGGAGCAGAACUCGGGCACGAAGCGGCGCGGCCCGCGCACCACCAUCAAAGCCAAGCAGCUGGAGACGCUCAAGGCCGCCUUCGCCGCCACGCCCAAGCCCACGCGCCACAUCCGCGAGCAGUUGGCACAGGAGACCGGCCUCAACAUGCGCGUCAUCCAGGUGUGGUUCCAGAACCGACGGUCCAAAGAACGCCGGAUGAAACAGCUGAGCGCACUGGGCGCCCGGAGACACGCCUUCUUCCGGAGUCCGAGGCGCAUGCGUCCGCUGGGCGGCCGCUUGGACGAGUCUGAAAUGCUGGGGUCCACUCCGUACACCUACUACGGAGACUACCAGGGCGACUACUACGCGCCAGGAGGCAACUACGACUUCUUCGCGCACGGCCCGCCGUCGCAGGCGCAGUCCCCGGCCGACUCGAGCUUCCUGGCUGCCUCGGGGCCCGGCUCGACGCCGCUGGGCGCGCUGGAGCCGCCGCUCGCCGGCCCGCACGCCGCCGACAACCCCAGGUUCACCGACAUGAUCUCGCACCCGGACACGCCGAGCCCCGAGCCGGGCCUGCCGGGCGCGCUGCACCCCAUGCCGGGCGAGGUGUUCAGCGGCGGUCCCAGCCCGCCCUUCCCCAUGAGCGGCACCAGCGGAUACAGCGGACCCCUGUCGCACCCCAACCCGGAGCUCAACGAGGCCGCCGUGUGGUAAGGCUGCCGGGCCGGGCCGCCCCCCCCUACCCCGCGCUCUCGACCCCGGGGGUCUCGCCCGGCCGGCCCCCCACCCUGGACCCAGCCUUCGGAAGCCAAAGCGCCCGACGCGGAUGCGGCCCAGGGCGCCCUCGAGGCUCCCUCUCGGGUCCGCACUCAACCGGCAGCUGCUCCUGGGCGCCGCGAGGGACCGACCCCCAUCUCCAUCCACUCCGCUGGCUCUCCGGGACCCCCGGCCCGCUGCCAGCGCUCUCCCGGCAGCCGCGAGCAAUUUGUUGGGACCAAAGUUAAUUCUCCGGAGGGUCGAGGGAUUUCAAGCACGCUCUAGACUUCCCUCGAUCCCCCAACCCACCCACCACGUCUUUGGACCAAGAGAGGGUUGAGGCCAAGGGGCGGAGACGAUUUUUUUUUCCCUUCUCUGCAAUCCGAGUGGCAUUUUGUAAUCUUAUUUCUCACUCUGCUUUCCCGUCUUUAAAAAAAAAAAAGAUAAGUGAAAGAGAGAGAUUGAAGGGAGAGAGAGGAAAGGGAGCAAAAUGAGUUAGAAGAUGGAGAGAGCGCCAGCCAGAGACAGAGAGAGAGAGAGAAGAUGGAGAGGGUGAGAAACACUCUUGAAUGGGGGUGUCGCUGGAAGACAGAUCCACCUGCGCGUUGGCGCCCCCUGGUGGCCAAUUUCGAGGAUCAAGGUCAGCUUUUCCAGGAAGGGGGGCGGUCCAUAUAUUGCCAGCUCGGGGGCCCGACCCCCACCUCUUCUUUCCUUUGACAUUUAUUUUGAGCCCGGGGGUCCCGACCAGACUUGAACACUCGCCCACCCUGCUCUCCCCCUGGGCAAGGCGCCAAGAUUUCUGGGCUCUGGCCGACGGACCACCCUCCC